UUUUUUUUUUUUUGGUCAGACCUUAUCGAGCUGUCAGCCACGUCACCUCCUCCGGAGCUACUUGUGCCGCCUGGACGUUUCUGCUGAGUUUAUUCUGAAACUCGUCCGUUUGCACGUUUCUCAGGAAGACGCCUCCGAAGCGACCCGCGGCUUCUGCAUAUCUCUCUUUUCUUUCAUUUUAUCGCCCUCUCCUCCUGAUCUGGAGUUUCUUCGCUUGUCCGGUGUUCACUGGACGUCCCAGGCCUGAGGGGUGCCACUUCCAUUAACUGUGCCGUCUGAAGAAGGAGAGAAACAGCAUGAAUAUCUUCCGUCUGGCCGGUGACGUGUCACACUUGGUGGCGAUCAUCAUCCUGCUGCUGAAGAUAUGGAAGUCCAAAUCCUGCGCUGGCAUCUCUGGGAAGUCACAGGUGCUGUUUGCACUCGUCUUCACCACCAGGUACCUGGACCUGUUCACAGUCUUCAUUUCUGCCUACAACACAGUGAUGAAGGUGGUGUUUCUGGCUCUGUCCUAUGCGACCGUGUAUCUGAUCUACAUGAAGUUUAAGAACACACACAACUCGGAGAACGACACGUUCCGGGUGGAGUUCCUGCUGGUGCCCGUCAUCGGGCUCUCCUUCCUGGAGAACUAUGCUUUCACCCCCAUGGAGAUCCUGUGGACCUUCUCUAUAUUUCUGGAGUCGGUGGCAAUCAUGCCGCAGCUUUUUAUGAUUACCAAGACGGGCGAGGCGGAGUCCAUCACGACCCACUACCUGUUCUUCCUCGGCCUCUACCGAGCCCUCUACAUCGCCAACUGGGUGUGGCGCUACCACACGGAGGGCUUCUUCGACCAGAUCGCAGUGGUGUCGGGCGUCGUGCAGACCAUCUUUUACUGUGAUUUCUUCUACCUUUAUGUCACAAGAGUGCUUCGAGGGAAAGGGAAGAUGUCCCUGCCAAUGCCUGUUUGAAAAAGCAGGCCACCCAUCUGUGCCUGCCGCAGCUCGGUGGGAUUGAUUUUCUGUCUGAUUGGUACUUUGUAUGCGAAUCUGUAUGUUUGCGAGUGUGUGUAUAUAUACACCGUGUGUUUGAUUUAGUUUGGUUUUCUUCCUUUGAGAUGGAAAUGUGUCGCUGAUGAUCACAAGAAGCUAAAAUUCAAAAAACACGAUGGAAUCCGUCCAUAGUUUUCAGUUCAAGAGCAGGGAGUCACUGUUUCUCUGGAGAGUCUUCAAUUAACCGUUUUGAUUCCAACUGUCAAGAAUGAUGAACCCUGAAAAAAAAAAAGAAGAAGAAACGUCUUUUGUGCACUUCAGCACUCAGGUAGAUCGUAUGUAGCUUUAACGUCCACACAGCUGUAGGACUGAACAGUUUCACAUCAGUUUUGUUACACGUCAUUCAAACACUACCACGUCUUGACCAAUACCAGAGUAUAUAUGUUUAAAGUGUCUUCUUUUUCGUCUCUCUCUCUUCAAAACUGUUUUUUUUAACUCAAAGUUAAGCUUUGAUAUCAGUUUUCAUUGAGAUUCUUUUGCAACUUGAUGGCCCAUUUUGAGCUUGAACUCUUCCUGAAAUUCGAUGUAACUUGUAAGAUUAUGUUCAAGAAGACUUGUUCAUGUUCACUUCUAUUGAAAAAUGAGAAAGUCUUUCUGACUCCACUGUUUAUGCAAACUGUUUCACUCCCAAGUGUGUUACUUUUGUGCAUUUCCGUUUCCUUAUUGCCUUUUUGUGUUUUAGUUCCAAUAUCUUAAUGGGUGAUUUAAAAAAAAAAAAAAGGGCUAAAAAUACUAUUGUUUAUGUCCCAUGAAGCCAAAGCCUGAACAGGAAGCUGCUGCAA